AUGCGAGAGAUGACCUUCCCAACAGAUGAUACCAUGCCACCGGUCACCUCGGACGCAGCAUCACUUCCGCCACCUCUCCAUCACUGGCAGGCUCCUGUUGCCGUUGGGCCCCUGUCCGACGUGGUAUUUCCGCCUGACAUGAUAGUUGCCAGCAGCACAGGCUCACAAGCAGCCAUACUGGCUGCCACCUCGGUUGCCGAGGCAACCAGUCUGCCGCUCAAUGUGACCGUUUUCCCAAACGGCUCACUUCACUUGCCUGCCGGCCUAAGUACAAGAGAUUUGGUUGGAGACUACCAUUGCCUAGCGAUUAACCCUGUCGUUCGGCUUAUUGCCACCAGUCGGCUGGUUACCGAGCCUCGCGAUUCAGUUGCCAGGACCAACGCUGGGGACGAGGCCGAGGUCGCCUGGUUGGGCCGAUUUGCCGUGAAGCCGACGGCCUAUGCUGUCUGGUUGGCCUGGUCGGGAAGACGGAACGCCGAUACACCCCCAGCGGGACAGGAGGGUCAGGCGACUGUGAAGUGGGGCCCAGGAGACGAUGGAGGAGGGGAGAAUGAGAUUGAGGCUGGACGGAGAAAUGCUCCAAAUGUGACGAUGCGUAGCGCCGACAACGUUGCAGCAUCCGGCUCCGUGGCCUGUUUUUCAACCAUUUACUAUCGGCUGCCUCGUGUUUCCAUGGCAUGGCUCUCUUGUAGGCCUAAAUAUAAAAAAAGAUUUUUUGUUUAUAAGUGA